AUGUUCGACAAAGAUGCAUCAUCAAAUGAAGCAGCUAUUCAUAAAGAAAGCGAUAGUGGUAGUGCUAGUAGCUUAUUUAUGGUUACCGGAAAUCGGCGCUCUGCUAAUUUCCAUAGCAACCUCGAUUUAACGUCAAACGAAUUUUUGGCAUUUUUGGAACGAAUGCAAAGUCAACGUUUGGAUGAUCAACGAUGUGAGAUGCCCGAUAUCCAUUAA